GGCCCACUUUGGUAUAAAAACGGCGGCACCCGCCCGGGUUCGGUAUCAUAAUUAAUUCGAUCGCUCCAAAGUAACCGAGGCGCUCCCAAACACCAAAAACCCAAUCAUGAAGUGCAUGGUAGCUGCAGUCAUCUUGGCCCUGGCCGUCGUUUCGGAAGCCGGACUCCUGCCCUAUGGCGGCUGGCCCUACGGCCAUCUGGCGGUGGCACCGACCGUGAUCCAGUCGAACGUGUUGGCCCACCCGUACGGAGCGAUCUCGCACGCCGCCGUCCACGCUGCCCUGCCAGCCCUGCACCACCACGCGGCCAUCCCGGCGUACGGCCCGCACGCCGCCUUCAUUGGGCAUGCCCCGCACGCCGCCAUCCUGGCUGCUCCGCACGCACCGGCUGCGUCCGUGGCGCACAACGCCGGAGUGGUGCCCGGUGCCACCUCCGUGACCGCUACCCGUGGUGCCGUGCACGUUGCGCCCCUGCCCGGACAUGUCGUGUCCCAGCAGCAGCUGAACCUGGCCCCGGCCCCGGGAACCAUCUGAGCCGUGCGCCACGUCUAGUCCCUUCGCUCCGGCAGGCGAGUUCCCCGCAAAGGGAAGCGCCCGCUGGCCUCAUCUGUCUCGUCUAUCGCUGUCAGUCGAAAUUACGCUAUCCCGCCGCUGUUUCGGUCCAGUGUGGUGUUUGUUUCGAUUGCAACACUUUGGAAGCCGCCGAGCGUCGAAAAAGAUGAAUCAAUAAAAUUCGUUGCACAUUUCUC